AUGGACGUGGUUCAGGCCUCCACCGGGUAUGUCACCAAGAUGGUGUCGGCGGGCGACAGCGCAGCAGGGGCGCCAUCGGCGAAGAUGAAGAUAUUGUUGCUAGACAGAGAGACUCUACCCUUCAUCUCCACGGCCGUCACCCAGUCCUCACUACUCAACCACGAAGUCUACCUCAUGGAUCGCCUCGACAACACCAACCGCGAGAAAAUGCGCCAUCUGCGAUGUUUGUGCUUUGUGCGGCCGCACCCAGAUUCCAUCGGUCUUUUGAUAGAUGAGCUGCGGGAUCCCAAAUAUGGAGAGUACCAUCUGUUCUUCAGCAACGUUGUCAAAAAGUCCACGUUGGAGCGCCUCGCCGAGGCGGAUGACCAUGAGGUGGUCAAGCUGGUUCAAGAGUACUUUCUCGAUUAUGUCGUUGUCAACCCGGACCUGUUUUCUCUCAACAUGACCUUGCCUAUGCACCGGUUAUGGAGCGGGAACCCAGACACCUGGAACACGGAUUCCUUGCAGCGGGCCACAGACGGUGUCAUCAGCGUUCUUCUGAGCCUCAAGAAGAAGCCAUUGAUCAGAUACCAAAAGACCAGCCCACUAGCGAAGAAGCUCGCUUCGGAAGUGCGAUACUACAUCACCCAAGAAGACCAGCUCUUUGACUUCCGGAAGGUUGAUACGCCCCCUCUUCUCUUGAUCCUGGACCGGAGAGAGGACCCGAUCACCCCCCUCCUCAUGCAGUGGACAUACCAGGCGAUGGUGCAUCACCUUCUCGGCAUCAAUAACGGCCGAGUUGACCUCAGUGAUGUACCCGACAUCCCAACCGAGCUUAAAGAAAUUGUCCUUUCCCAAGACCAAGAUCCGUUCUUCAAAAAGAACAUGUACCUCAAUUUUGGCGACCUGGGGAGUAACAUCAAAGAUUAUGUCGAACAAUACCAAUCCAAAACGAAGAGCAACGCCGACAUCGAGUCAAUAGCCGACAUGAAGCGCUUCAUCGAAGAGUACCCCGAGUUCAGAAAGCUUUCGGGCAAUGUCAGCAAGCAUGUCACGCUCGUUUCCGAGCUCAGCAAGCGUGUCAGCGGGGGCAAGUUGCUCGAAGUGAGCGAACUCGAGCAGAGUAUAGCCUGCAACGACAACCACGCUGCCGACCUACGGAACAUCCAAUCCCAAAUUCAAUCCCCCGCCGUCCCUCCCGAAAACAAGGUCUCCCUCGUCGCCCUCUACGCCCUACGCUACGCCAAACACCCCUCCAACGCCCUCCCCAUGCUCACGGACCUCCUCACCGCUGCAGGCGGCGUAGCCCCGCGCCAGGCCGCCAUCGUCCGCCAGCUCCUCACCUAUCAUAACUCCCUGCACCAAUCCGCGGCCGCAGGCUCAGGCGGCAUCACCGAGCUCUUCGAAUCAACUGGCCUCUUCAGCUCUUCCAACGCGCGCUUCAAGGGCCUCAAGGGCGUCGAGAACGUCUACACGCAACACUCCCCGCUGCUCGAGACGACGCUGCACCAACUGGUCAAGGGGAAAUUGCGCGAGGCGCAGUACCCGUUUGUUGAAGGUGGGGGAAGUACGAGGGAGAAGCCGCAGGAUGUGGUGGUGUUUAUUGUGGGUGGGGCUACGUAUGAGGAGGCGAAGAUGGUGGCUGGGGUGAAUGCGUCGACGCCCGGGGUUCGGGUUGUGUUGGGGGGUACGACGGUGCAUAAUGCGGCGACGUUUAUUGAGGAGGUCGAGGAUGCUGUGGGAGGGUGGCCUGAGGUUGGGAGAAGACGUUAG